GUUUAAUAUGCAUCAUAGAAGUUAUAGAGGGUAUCAUGAAAAUUUAGAAGUUUAUAAUGCUUCUCUUUUUGGAAAAAACAAUUUAAAUUAAGGAAACAAAAUUCUAUUACCAGCAUCAGCAUUACAAUAAGUGCUCAAUUUAAAAUAAUAAGGUCCUAUGAUUUUUAGAUUAUAAUCAACUUUAGAUGAAAGAAAAUAUACUUAUGUUGGAGUUUUAGAAUUCACUGCAGAAGAAGGUACUUGUGUAAUACCAGAUUGGAUGUUUGAGAGUAUUGGUUUUACAAAUGGUUAAUAAAUAAUUGUUUCUCAUGAAAAAAGAUUAGAAAGAGGAAAACUAAUUAAAAUAUAACCUCAUGAAACUGCUUUUGUUGAUUUACCAGAUCCAAGAGCUAUUUUAGAAAAUCAUUUAAGAAAUUUUAUCUGUUUAACUGAAGGAGAAACCAUUUCUAUUAAUUUUCAUAAAACAAAUUAUUUAAUUGAUAUUGUUAAAGUUGAACCUACAAAUAUCUUAAAAGCUGUUUGUAUUAAUGAAGCUGACAUAGAAAUUGAUUUCAUGUAACCAUUAGUAUGAAUAUAUUUUAUGAUUAGGAUUUCAAUGAUGCUCCACCUAAUUUAAUUAAGAAAUCAAGUUCUUUGGUUCAAUAAGAAGAAUAAUAAGCUUAAAAACAAUAAGCUAUUUUCACAGGUACUGGAGUACGUAUUGAUGGUAAACCCUUAAAUACACAAAUGAGAAAACCUUCAGAAGAUGUUAAACCAACCGAACAAUACAAUCCACGUAAACAUAAACUAAUUAAUGGUUUAAAAUAAACAGAAGAAGCAAAUUAAUUUGUUGGAUCUUGUAUCAAAUUAGGAAAUACAGGCACUCAAAAUAAAAAGAAUGCUUGAUAUUAAUUUAAUA